AUGGCUAUCUGGGACAACCUCGGCGGCCGCAAGGAGACCGCGGCACCUUCUCCUUAUGACUCCAACGCCCCAGAUGCCUCUUCCUUCCUUUCCGAAGUCGCCAUUCCCGAUCCCACCAGACUCCAUCCCCUGGCCGGCCUGAACCAGGAUACUCUUGAUUAUUUGACCCUUGAAGACUCCGCUCUUGAUUCUCUGCCCGGCUCUCGCUCCGUUCUGCCUUCUCGCGGCUGGUCCGACGACCUUUGCUACGGCGCCGGCACCACGUACUUGGCCGCUCUCACCCUCGGUGGCGCAUGGGGUCUUGCGGAAGGACUGAACAAGACGCCAGCAACUGCUCCCCCUAAGAUCCGACUGAACGGUGUGCUUAACUCGAUCACCCGCCGCGGUCCGUUCCUCGGUAACUCCGCGGGUGUUGUCGCGAUGGUUUACAAUGGUUUCAACUCGGCUAUCGGAUAUGCGCGCGGCAAGCACGAUUCAGCCAACAGUGUGGCGGCUGGUGCCUUGAGUGGCAUGCUUUUCAAGAGCACACGCGGUGUUAAGCCCAUGAUGAUCUCCGGAGGCAUCGUGGCUUCAAUUGCUGGUGCUUGGGCUGUGACGCGAAAGGCCUUCUUUUAA